AUGAAUUGGAGAACUCUGAGCCAAUGUGAUAACCAACUGGAUACUAUUAUUCAAAAUUUGAUUCACUUGGAUUCUUACCGACAAGACAGAUUCCUCAAUUUCACCACUGAUAUGAACUUGAGUCUUGACGAGCUAAUACUGGCUGAUUCAGUGAACUACGACCAAAAAACUAUUGAUUUCCAGCCUGAUUAUGAUCACUGGGCAAUUGUUAACCACAUCACUGCAAUUGAUUUCAUGAAGCGUAUGGAUUUUGUUAAGAAGCUGCCAUCUGACGAUUUGACUAGCUUGAUAAAAUCCAAUCACCUGCAACAUGUGUUUCUUUGGAACGCUAUGCGCUCAUACUGUGACAAUAUAGGAUAUGUUUGCUAUCCAGGAGGAAUCGAUGUUCUUACUGCCUCGUUAACUUCUCUAUUCCCGGAACAUCCCCAGGUUCUGAAUAAAUUCAGAUGCUCCCUGAUCGGUAAGUUGGCCGAAGUUCGAAUCACCAAGGAGGAAUUUCUUCUGCUCAGUGCUAUCCUUAUUUGUAACACAGGUACCAAUGGUCUGAUAUUCCAAUUGGCAUUUUAA